UCUGUAGGCUAUAAGUCACAUCGAGAAACUUGUAAUACAGAGAUAUAUCACCGUGUACGUCGGAAGUAAGUAUUUGUAAGGUAACUGUCACGAAAUAGUGACAGUUGCUUUGUGACCGCGAUCAUACGAGCAUCGCGCUCAUAAAAGAGUCCCUAGUAAUACAGAUUUAAGCGACGACGUGCGUUUUGAUCACACAAGGAAUAUCAUUGAGAACCAAUCACCGCGAUUCUGAUUUCUAUUCCACACGGUUGUGGAAGUGAAACACAUGGAAUCACGCGAGUUUACCGUGGAGAAUAAUGUGUAUAUAGGACCGGUGGUUAAUUACACAAGUGUUUAUAAAAACGUUGGACAUAUGAUAUGGGAUAAACUUAAUAGCUACAGAAAUAAAAUUGCACAUUUGGACGCGCGUACGGAAGAUACGGUCAGCUAUGAGGAACUGCAAAUUAAAACUGUGAAAUGCGCGUUGUGGUUGAAACAGCAAGGUAUUGGACACGACGACGUUGUCAGCGUAUGCAGCAACAACCAUUUUAAUUCAAUCGUGCCGUGCUUAUCGGCGACUUAUGUUGCUGCAAUCUUUAACACACUGAACGAAGACAUGGAUUUGCCAACCGCAUUGCAUUGCAUAAAACUGAUUAAGCCCAAGGUGAUCUUCUGCACCGCGAAGCCUUUGGAUGUAAUUCGUAAAGCGCUAAAAGAGACAAAUUACAACAUCAAAGUAGUAGUUUUCGACGAUAAUUCCGACGCGUUUUCGUUCUCUGAUAUCUUGAACGGUUACAACGACGCGGAAGUAGCAAAUUUUCGAUAUGUCGAGCACGACAGCUUGAAAAAAACUGCGUGCAUUUUGCACUCGUCCGGCACCACGGGAAUGCCAAAAGGAGUCGAAUUGUCCAAUUACACUUUGUUGAACUUGGCUUCGGACAACACCAUAGACAUGAACAACUUAGUGACGCUUUGGUUCUCGUCUCUUUAUUGGAUCAGCGGAGUAUUUCUGAAUUUGAGAGCAGUCGCGCACGGCGCCAAAGUGCUUCUGUACCCGGUAUUCGACGAGGAAAUGACAUGCGUGUUGAUCGAAAAGUUUAAGGUAAACGUAAUAUUUUUAAGCACGAGUAUGAUGAGUCGAUUUCUUAAGGCCGGUUAUGUAAAGAACUAUUCAUUAUCGUCUUUGAAAGUUAUACUUGUCGGUGGUGCGAUUCUUAANCCGAGUGUGCAGGAGGAUCUAAAAACUCUGUUACCGCACGUCAAUAUAAUUCAAGCCUACGGUAUGACGGAGCUCGGUGGAAUCGCGACGGUGCAAAAGCCCUAUCACAAGAGCGGAUCCUCCGGCGUGGUGACCAAUAAUGUGCAACUAAAGAUCGUGGAUCCGGACACUGGUAAGGUUCUGGAUCCGAAUCAGUCGGGUGAGAUUUGGAUAAAGUCGGCAAACAUGAUGAACGGCUAUUACAAUAAUCCUGAAGAAACGAAGAAAACGAUUGACAAGGACGGAUGGUUGCACACAGGCGACAUCGCGUACGUCGAUGAGGACGGAGAACUGUUUAUUUGGGACAGAAUAAAAGAGCUCAUGAAGUAUAGAGGUUAUCAAAUCUCACCCAGUGAAAUCGAAGCGGUAUUACAUACUCAUCCAGCGGUGUGCGAAGUCGCGGUAGUUGGAGUGCCGCACGAAAUAGACAACGACCGACCGCUUGCUUUCGUUACCAAAAAGCCUGGCGUCAAGGUGUCGGAGCAGGAGUUGUUCGAUCACGUGGCGAACAACAUGAUGGAUCAGUACAAACUUCGUGCUGGUGUUAUAUUCCUGGACAAUUUUCCAUACACGGGGUCUGGAAAAAUUUCGAAAAAAGAAUUGAGAGCGAUGGCUAAAAAACUAGUUGCAGGCUGACAAGUUGAAAAAAUCUAAUUAACAUAAAAGUAAAUUCAUUAGUACAGUAAUAUUCAUAUAUUCGCGAGAUAAACAUGCGCUGGCGAUAAAACAAUAAGAAAAAUAAUAAAAAAUCGAUUUUCACGGUGAAAUUUUGCACUGUGUAAUGCCAUACAUGUGCUUAGAAGUUUCUUUUUCUAUUUUGCUCUCUUUUUUUUCGCGGAAUUAAUAUAUAUGAAGGAUUUACUGUACAAUGAAUUAUAGCGAACUUUCGUAUAACGGUGCAGGAUUGUACAGAUUCAAAACGAUAUGGUGUUAAAAAGUUUUCUUGUUUACAUCACAAAACGUUCUUGUUACUCGAGAGCCAUGACAAACAAGUACAAACUCGAUGUCAUGCAUCUUACGUUAUCUUUUCUUUGUUAUAGUUUAAAUUAUCAAUAAGUAAGUAGAUAAAACCAAAGUAUAAAUAGAUUAGGUAGAGGAAAGAAGUUCUCUUUACGCGCGUAUUACUUGACAAGAAUAUUGAACUUUAUCUCUUCUUUUAUUACUGUCUUUACUAUGCAGUAUUCAUUUUAACGCUCACCGAUGCGUUAAAGAAAAAAUAUUUGUUUUCUAGUUUCUUUUUUAUUUAUUCUCUUUUUAUUUAUUCUCAGAGUUUUAAUUCGAGCUAUUUACAGCUUUAACAUAGAUAUAUUUGUACAGAAGAAUAAACAAUUACAAGAACGAUUACGAGAUUUAAUGGAGUUCUGAUAAAAAAAACGAUUGUGCCGUUGGAGAAAAAGCUCUCAGAAUUAUCUUAAAGUACUUUAGUUUGACAAGUGGUCUUGCUCAUUUAACCAUGACUGUAUGAACAAAUCUAAUGUUUCUAGGAACAAUUACGUGCUAUUUAAAAAACUUAGAUUUUAUUUUAUUUAAACAAACAAUUGUUUAUAGUUGCAAAUCUAAACGACAAUUUUACACAGCACGUUUUAAUUUAAGAAUAUCUUUUGGAUGUUUAGUAAAAGUUGAAUAUCCAGAAGAUGUAUUCAGCGAACAGUCGUUGAGUCUUUAUAUGAAAAAUCUUAAGAUUAGUAAUUUGCUUUCACUCGUACUAUAUGAGAAACUUGACGAGAAUGUGAAAAAAUUUAAACUGCAAUUCUGCGCGCAAAUCGCCGUCUUUUUGACGACAAUUGUCCGUUUUCGACAGAUUAUAUUCUGAAAAAAAAAAACUAUCUGCGGAGUUACGGUUCGCGAAUUGCGUGCAAUUCUCGAAUGAGAAUUCAGUGCGCACGGUGCACGAUUUUCUUGUGUUUUGAGAGUACCUCUUUCCACGUUUAUUGAACACAAAAACAAUACAACAGAUAAGUGCAUAAUCUUACCGGGCAAUUUUGAUCAGCUCGUCAGAUGUUAUUUAUUACGCAAUAACGCGCCGGGCGAAUUGUUCGCGAUUGCUCGAUAUAGUUACGCUCUGUAUCACUUUCCGCAGAAAACCGUAGUACAUCACGCACCUUGCUUACGGAUCGUCUACCAUAACGAGACACUGGCGCAGAAUUGCAUUUUACGUGAAAGUAACAUCUCACACCAGUCCCGUGUAAACAACACUUUUGCGUUUUAUUCACAUGUUUGCUUGAAGUUGUAAAAAAAUUUGAUGAACACAACAUAAAUGAAUGUUACUACACUGUUGUAAAGUUAUUAAAAAUAAAAUGCAUCUAAACAAAAAAUAUUAUUGUAAAGCAUAUUGUAGAAAUAAAAUUAAUCUUUCGCACAUUUUCACUUUAUGUUCCGAUCUGAGUGAUGACUCGGUCGAAAAUUCCAGCAAUUUGUGUAAAACCAUGAGAUCUACGUGGCUCGAUUCGUUUGCAGAAUAAAAACUGUGAACAGCGUGUAAUUGUUUUGUUGAAAAUUAUAAAGAAAUUUUCUAUAUUCAAGUUCUUUGCGUGUAUCUUUAGUUUUUCGUUUCGGCGUGUGCGCGAGUGUGCUUCUCUGUAC